AUGUUUUCAUAUCAAACAGUUAUGGUUGGACCUCUAUGUUUUUAUACAGAUUAUAAAAAAUAUAUUGAUGGUGAUCAUCUUAAAGUUGAAGGAUCAAAACAACCUUGUCCAAAAAAUGCAGCAAUUAAAAAACUUAUUGCAUCUGUGUUUUUUAUGUUACUUAUAAUUUUAUUUAGUAAAUAUUCUCCUGAUAUAAUAGCAACACCAGAAUAUUUAGAAUUACCUUUAUUUAAAUGGGCAUUAUGGUGGUUCUUUGUUAUUUUCCUUCAACGUGUACAGUAUUAUUAUGUUUGGGUAUUUGCAGAUGCUGUAUCUAAUUUCUCUGGUUUUGGAUUUAAUGGAUAUGAUGAAAAUGGUGAAGAAAAAUGGAAUUUAGUUUCUAAUGUCUAUCCAAUAAAACUUGAAAUGGCACAAACAUUUAAAGAAACUUUAGAUUCUUGGAAUGUUGCUACAAUGUUUUGGUUGAGACGUGUUGCUUAUGAUAGAGUACCAAAAAAUAUGAGAACAUUAACUACUUAUAUGUUAUCAGCUGUUUGGCAUGGAUUUUUUACCGGUUAUUAUCUCACUUUUGCUACAGGAGCAUUAUUUACACUUGCCGGUAGAUAUGCUAGACGUUCCCUAAGAUGGAGAUUUCUUAAUAAUUCUAAAUUAAAAUUUAUUUAUGAUAUAGUAACAUUCUUAUCAACAAAAAUAGCUUUAGCAUAUGCUGCACUUCCAUUUGUAACAAUGCACCUUAAUCCAGGAUGGUUUUGUUAUAAAAGGGUAUACUUUUGUAUACAUAUUAUAGCUUUGCUUUUAAUUACUGUAUUACCAAAAAUUUUACCUCCUGAAAAAAAAGAAAAUAUUGAGAAGAGGGAAGAAAAAAAAUUAAAAUGA